AUGUCGACGUGCACGCGGUCAGUCCUCGUCACCGGAGGCACAACUGGAAAUGGCUUCCGAGCUGCUGUUGAGAACGCUCGACGGCGACCAGACCACUGCAUUGUUGUUGCCUCGCGUAAAGAUAACGCUCACAGCGCAAAGGCGAGCGUUGAAAAGCUCGGACAGACCAAUGUCCAGUCCUUGUCGGCAGACCUGGGCGACCAGAAGAAUGUCCGGUCCUUCGUCGAAUCCUGGGAGAAGAAUAAGUUUCGCUCGUCGUCACCCUGCUUCUCAAUGCUGGGGUUGCAAAUCCUGUGCUGA